AAAGCCAUCUCUGCAUGGCAUCCUCUUCCUCGCUUCUCAUGCUUUCUUGAUUCUGACCCGAUCGCGCCCACUCUUUUCCCCCACAACAGUCGUGCAUCGCGCGGGGUUCGGACGCUUUGACGUCACCGGCGGUUUCAGGGAAUCCUGUAUCUCUUUGGACGUCAUGGUCUGAUGAUGCCCAGCGUAAAGGAUGGUACCUCUAAGGAUGGAUGAUCUUGUGAUGAUGUGCUGAAUCUCGACCUAUAUCAGACCCAAGUUCCCGGGUGUCUGUCUAGAAGACUUUUGCUCCUAGAUAGAUCUGAUCGUCGCAUUUCCAGGCCACGAAAUUCUCCGAGAGACACUACCUUAAUAUCUCAAUAGCCGCCCGAUCCGCUACCCACUCGAAGCUACUGCACUAUGCCGACGGCAACAACGGUCAAGCAGCCGUCCGCUGCGGUCUCUUCCACCCCCAAAGUCAAGAAGACAACAACGGAUGCACCCAAGGCAGUCAAAGAAGUGAAGCAUCGCAGCUCGUCGACGAAGCCCAAAUCAACGCCACUCGCCGAAACAACCGACAACGUUGUCAAGAAGAAGCCGAAAUCGACGCCGCUCGCCGAAGACAAGGUCGCGACAAUCGACCAUGCCGUCGAGAAGCCCACCACCAAGAAACCCUCGACCAGCGGCCAUACCCAUGCCCACACCUCGACGACCAAAACAUCGAGCCAUCACAAACCGCACGCACACGAAAGCAGCGCCAGCAAGCACGAGAGCACCAGCUCGCACCGCCCCGGCCGCCGUCACCACGCCCACCACCAUCACAACCCUGACGGUAGUUUAACUCGCCACGGCGAACGCGCCCGCGCCACCAGCUCCUCGAUCGCCAAGCCUCUCGCGCCCGCCAAACCCUUCGCCCCCGCUCUCGACGCCGACGGCAACCCCAAGCCCAACAUCCGCCCGGCAACCAUGACAGCGCACAUCAAGCGGGCCGUCCGCAAGUCCGAGGCUAUGAACCCGUCCAAGCCUACCAAGGUCGAGCCCGAGACCGCGCUGCCCAAGGUCAACGUCCCGACUCCGCAGACGGCGCGCCAGAAGACUGCUGCCGCUGCUGAUGCUGAGGCGACUAAGCGGGCUAAGAAGGUCGCUGCUGCGGCGCAGGAGGAGCAGGCUCAGUGGGACCAACAACAACAGCAGGAGGCCCAGAAGCCAAAGAAGGAGAAGAAGUACGCCCCUGAGGCAAUGAUUCCUACUUCGAGGUUUGUUGGGAAUGUUGGAAAGACGGCUGGCGCCGCGCUUGAUACUACUGGCGAGGUGGCUAAGGGGGUUACCAAUACUGUUGGACGCACGGCUGAGGGCGCGCUUGGUGGUGGCGUAGGCAAGACGGUUGGAGCGGCGGCUGGUGGUGUUGGCGAUACGUUGGGUGCGGCGACGGGAGGAUUGGGAAGGACGGUGGAGGGGGCGACGGAUGGGUUGGCGAAAGGUGGUCCGUUGGGUGCGGUUGGUGGGUUGAGUAAAGGGUUGGGACAGACGGUGGGAGGUGUUGGGAAAGGAUUGGGCGAUACCGUCGGUGGAACAGUCGGCGGCCUCGGCGACACAGUUGGCGGACCACUUGGAGGAGUGGUCGGAGGACUCGGACGGGGUGUCGGUGGUGCCGUUACGGGUAUCACUGGCGGCUUAGGUGACGGAGUCGGCAAGAUUGGACAGGGUGACUUGCUUGGAGGCGUUGGUGAUGUUGUUGGUGGUGUGACGAAUGGUGUUGGAGGAUUGUUGGGCGGCGUUCUUGGCGGAUUGGGCGGUGGUGGUGGUCAGCGGCGUUAAGAUCGAUGUUUUGGUGCUUGGUUGAUGUCUGUAUGGAGGAACAGUUGUAUUGACGACAGGUCGAGGUCAGGUAAGUUCCGAACCCAAACGAGUUGAUGCGUUGCACAGAGGAAGCAGUGUUGCACAUGUAUGAUAGGGACUUGUGGUACCAGCUAGCGAGUAACACGGAAUCACUCAUGCUUUCUGACGAUCUUGAAAGAACAUGUUCCAGCACAGAAGGUAGAAGAAGGUUCAAUGGUUCAACGCAUACUGUCUCCCAGGGAUAUUGUGCU